AGUGUGCGGGUUGAGCAGCACGAUCACUUCUGUCCUCAGAGCUCAGGACGACCCAGUCUCAAGUGUCACUGAGAGGAGCAGAGUCUGCAGCUGGUUGUCCAAAGAGAAACAAGAUUAAGACACAGGAUCUUCUUUCAGACUUCAGGAUGAUCUAUCACCUUUCAAAUCAACACAGAGACUAAAGCUGUUUCGGCUCGGUUAAAUCAACCAUUCUCCCGAAAGAGGACUGAAGAAGAAAAAGAAGAGAAGGCGGAAAAGUCAUUCUAUCGACAAAAGACCAUCAAAGAGGGUCUAAAGUGGCGCCUUGGGGGACUAUUGGAUGUAUUGUCCCGUCUGAAACCCAGAAGAAAAGAGGAAUACAGAAAAAGUGAUACGAGAAAAGAAGCAAAAUGGUACCAUUGUAAGAACAACCAGAAGAGGAUGUUGAUGUCUGUUGCAUCCACUGAUUCGCAAAGAGGAGAAGAAAACAACAUUGAAAGAAACAUGGAGAGAAGAAGACAAUAAGGAUAGCUUUUUGACCAAAUCCAAGUGGUGGAAUAAAGUAGAUAAGAGACAGACAGAAGAAGUUUUUCUACCAACCGAUUGAUCAAAGACCUUGUAGACCAGCAUUUGUGUCAUUCUCUAAAGUUCGGAUAACAACGAGGAACAUCAGCUUGUUAAGAAUUAGGGAAGAUAAUUAAUUUUUACAUCAAAGUUUGAGAUUUUUAUUAAAUAUUGUGAAAGAAAAAGGUCUUAAUUUGCAGUUUGCUGACGACAGAGAAGUAAAAGGACCAAACAUAACAGUCAAAGGAAGCGAGGAGUGAGGAGUCCAAACUAAAGGAAUUAAACAGAGGAAUAAAGAGAAAAGAGUACAGAGACAAAAAGGAAUAAUCAAGGCACAGGGAUGAACCAAGAAGAGAGGGAAGAGUAAAGAGCCCAACAAGGACACAUUAAAGUAAUAGGGGGGACUGGAAAACAAAAGUCCUGGAAAAGGACAAAAAAGGUUUAUAGAGGAAAAUCAAGAAUAGCGACUGAGAAGGACCAGGUGUGACGAUGAGGCUGCCUGUGCUUCUUGCAGCUUCUCUCUCCGUCCUCUACAUUGCAGCCGUGGCCCCGGCAGAAAGCUUGGCCCCGGGCCGGCUGGAGCGCUGGGUCCGAUCGGGCCUCCAGUCGCUGCAGUGGGACCAGCUGGAGCGAUGCCUCCGCAUGUCCUCCCUCACUGAGGCCGAGUGCAGGCGCAUGGCCCACCUCCCAAUGUCCUCUGUGGCCGUUUACGUAUCGGAGCCUCGCUCUGCUGCAGGUAACUCGGACAAAGUUCUUGCCAUCCUGCCGGACUCCUCAGGUGGCUCGAUGAGCUACAAGCCCCGGGGAGGAUUCAGUGUCAGCCAGGCUCUGAAUGGACGGGAAGGAACCCACAGGCGACAGCAGCUUUUCCCUGGCUCCACAGCCCAUGAUGCCGUGCUGGUGCUGGAUCCAAGCCCAGGGGAGAACUUUGGACACCCAGUGGUCCUCUUCUACGUGGAUGUAAAUGUGACGAAGAAGAGAUGCUCCCACCUGGAUGGAAUUUACCUGGGUGAGGAGUGUUUGACUCUGGCUUUGAAGGGUCGCUGUCAGAACCAGCUGAAGCGUCGGCAAGCAGGACCAGAGAGGUUCAUGGGUAACGGACAUGGCCGGCUGGCAGGUGGUGCAAUGCGUGGUAGUACAAUUACUACUAGUGGGGGAAGGCUCUGUGAAGUCCACUUCCUCCCACUGGUUGUCGGAGUUGGAGACAGCAACCGAACGCAGAGACUCAGAUGUGUUGACCAUGCAGAGUUUGCAAGGUGCCCUCAGCCGCUGCCAAUGGGCUCUCCCAGUUUGCCUGUCUCCAGCUGUGAGCUAAAUAAAAACACCAGACGUUGCCACCAGCAGCCAUUGGCCACACACCUCUCCUGUCGACUCUACCAGACCUGUGACCACGCUUUGCUCAUCUCAGGCGGCUGGCAGCAGCAGAUGACGUUCCAGCGUCAUGUCCAACAUCUUCAGAGGUUUUACAGAAUGCUGCAGAACAACGGCUUCCACAAAGAACACAUCAAGACCUUCUUUGCCAGCAGCGGACACUUUACUGAGGAUUUAGAGGGUGUGUACUCUGCAACGGAAAAGGCAGUGAUUCGUAACCACGUGUCGUACGUCUGCAGGAAGCAGCACUGCGCCGACACGCUGGUUCUGUACCUGAACUCUCCAACACGCAACGAUGGCACCAUGCUGCUGUGGGACGCCAACCUCAACGGCAUUGCUGACCUGAAGGAGCGAUACUCCGUCAACGAGCUGCUGGCCGACCUGGCGGGCUGCAGGGCGACUCGUGUUCUGCUGUUUGUGGACCAGAGCUACAGCGGCGUUCUGUCCAAGAGGCUGCGAGGGUCCCAGAAACAUCUCAACGUGGUUUUGAUCCAGAGCCAGGCACGGCAGACCCACAAUCACCAGAGGAUGAACCCUGGCUGGGAGGAGAGCAGCUGGUCCUACAUCAACCCUGCGAGCUGCCUGCUGGACCAACUGGGAAAGAGUCCUGGGAUGUCUCGCCUCCUGGAGCCAUGGGCUGGUCUACUGAACGUGACGCUGGCCGGCGCCCCCUGCAAUGCCACGCCGCCUCUGACGGAUGGCGAGAUGCGGCGAGAGUACCAGGGCUGCCAGAACUUACCAACUGCACUCUGGCAUCAGAAACACAGGAGGACCAACUGAGAGAGAGACAGAGAGACACUGAGACUGACUGCGAAUGGGGAGAUAGAGAGAGAAAUUAUUUUGGACACACACAGAACAUAUAAAAGUGUACAAACAUGCAUAUUUGCCAGUGUGUGUUAUCUUAGGACUUCAUUUUCGGUGUGCUUGGUGGACACUGGUGUGUGUGCGUGUGUGUUUGAGUGUGUUUUCUGUCCUAACUCGGAAAGCAACCAUGGCGAUGACAGCCCAUCCCAACGGGAGUGUCCUGAACACCAUGUGAACAGUUUGAGUGUGUGUUUGUGUGAGUGUGUAUGUGUGUGUGUGUGUGUGUGUUUGUGAGUUCAGCAAAAGGACAACCACUCUCGCAGACCAUUGCUAGCUUAAGCUUGGGUCAGUGUGUGUGUGCAUGUGUGUACAUCUCCUGGGCACUUUAAGACUUCAGAGCCAAUCAUUCUUUUUUUCUUUUUCUUAAAGUGUUAUUUCUCCUUCCUUAUGUUCUUCCUUUCUUGUUUCACUCUUCUCCUCAUAUGGUCCUUUGCUACGAGCUCCUUUCCUCCCAACCUUUCCUUUCGGGAUGUCCUCCUCUAACCUCAUACCCUCCCCUUCUCCAUUCCCCUCCUCUCUCCUUCUCUUCCUUAUUAAAUUCCAUCCUGUUUAUUGUAUUGGCAUUCACUUCCUUACUUCAUCCAUCACUUUUCAUCUUUCUUUCUGUCCUUUCUCUGCCUUUUUUGGCUGUCAGUUUCUUACAGUUUUUGUGAAUUUAGAAUCUGUGCACACGGAAUUCCUAAUAACAACAACGCACAUAUUUGAUUAGUUUUGUCCUAACCUAAGGACGAGGCAAAGAGAUGGAAGAAACUGUUUGGCAGGGAUCAUGAUUAAGAUAUGAAGCACUGAGACUGCCCUCACUGCUGCACAGACUGGCUAUGGCAUUUCAAUAAGGGCACAAGUGUGUGUUUGCUCCAUCACAUACUGUAGGCAGGCAACACAUGAAACAUGCACAAUAUUGACCCAUACCUACACUAACAACAUACAUGUUGUCCUAUACCUUCGGAGGUACUUUGUGAUAUUUGUCUGUACAUUACCUCCUGUCAUGUCUCCAUCUGUAACCUUUCAAUAUUCUGUAAACCACGGCUCAGUGUACAUACCCUGCCUGUUGUGUUUUGUACUGAUGUCUGUCCAGUUGUACUGAUCUGUUAUACAUUAUAGAUAUGUUUGUUAAAGAGAUGAAAGCUGAUGGGGAGAACAACUUUCUCCCAAUUGUGUGGGAAAUGUUGGGCCAGAACUGUGUCCGACAAGUUGACAUGUGCAUAUUCACUGUUUGUGUGAUGAUCUGUACAGAGUAUAUCUAGUUGCAUGCUGCAAAACAUGAAAUCUAGUCAAUAAAGUACAUUUAGAACCAGUGAAGUA